AUGAAUCCUCCGACUUCAACGGGGACUUUGCCAUUGCAGGAGUUCCGAAGGGAUACUCCACCGGGUUGGGCUCCGGGGGACCCUGGUUAUCCUCUAAGAUUGUACCUAGAGAAACUGCAGCUGUGGUACAAGACAACGACAGCUGAAGACGAAGUUGUCGGACCACUGAUAGCCGGCAGACUACAUGGUCGAGCGGCGAAGGUGGCGAUGUCUUUGAGGAUUCCCAGACCCGAUGGACAGCUGGACAUUGGCCCUGACGCUUUGUCACGACUGGCUGUCGACGAGGUGGUGGACCCCAACACUGGUGCAAUCAUCCAGAACCACAUAGCCAGCGGAGUGCAGUACCUCAUGCAUGCGCUCCGACAAGCUUUUGGACAACGUGACCAAGAUCUUGCAACAGCAGCGUUGGACAAGUUCUUCGGCCUCACCCGUCAAGGUCAAAAGAUGUCACUGGCUGAGUACGCUGUGGAGUUCGAGACAAGGUAUGACGAGGCGCAAGAUAGAGCAGGACUUCAGUUGAACAACGUCGCCAAGUUCUACCUUUGGUUCAAGCACAGCGGACUACCAGCAAAGACCAUCGACGACAUCAAGUUGCAGGUCAAUGGAGACUACAACAGAUUCGACGAUGCAAAAGGCCUGGCUUUGAGACUCAGCCCAAACAGGACUGAAAAUGACCACGACAUCUUCUAUGGCGACUACAUGGAUGAGGAGCUCUAUGAGGAGGACUGGAACCAUGACUAUGAUGAUGAAGACCUAUGGUGGUAUGGCUAUGGAGGAUAUCCAGAAGACGAUGAUUGGUGGGACUACGACUAUGACUAUGACGACGGCAACUACUACUGGGAUGAUGAUGCUGGCUGGAGAGAAGAGUCCCAAGAAGAACAGAAACCUUCUGGAGCAAACGAGACUGUGGAUGCCGAGAACAAGGAUGAGACGCAGAUCCAUGAGGACUACUACAAAGGUGGAAAAGCCAAGGGCAAAGGUGGAGAUGGAUGCUUCAACUGUGGCUCACGUUGGCACAUGGCUCGCGAUUGCCCCUUGCCAUCAAACCGACAAGAACAUGGAAAAGGGAAAGCAAAAGGCUAUGCUUUUGGACGCAAGGGCAAAGGCAAGAGCUAUGGCGGCUACAGACCUUACAAGGGCUUCGGAAAGUCGAAAGGCUAUGGCAAGUACGGUGGCAAGUAUGGAGGAAAGUUUGGAUCCGGUGGCAAAGGCUAUGGAAAAGGCAAGCGCUACUGGUAUUCCUCUUCAUCGGCAUCAAGACCUAAGAUCGACUUCUCCGAAGGCAUUCCAGACUCCACUACAUCGACAUCAACGACGCGGCAUUUCAACACCGUCACUGCCAACUACAACAACCAUGCUGAGACCUUUGUGAUGCACACUUCUUCAGAAGAAGAAGACUUCAAAUGGGCGAGAUCUACUACCAGAAAAGCUGCUGCAGAGCCUUCAGAUGGUCAUGCACAACCUCCUGGAGAACGAAAACAUGGCACAGCCUUCAACUUUGCAGUCUUCCAUGCGGGCAACCAGAUGGAUGUGUUGGAGAGCUACUUCAAUGUUCGAGGAGAACAACGCCAUGGUCUUCUUAUCGACCCAGGAGCAGCAUCGGGCCUAAUAGGCUCUGACACCUUGAAGCAGCUGAUGGACAACUGCAUCACGCCUUUUGGCAAACAACAUGAGGUCUCCAUGAACUACCAGAAAACAACCCCUGUGAGCGGCAUCAGCGGCGAAGCAAAUCAGACCUUGGGAGAAAUCUCCAUUCCCUUGCAAGCUGGCGGCUAUUCCAUCACGUACACGGCAGAUGUCAUUGGCGGCUCUGGCUCUACUUGCCCGGCAUUGGUUGGCAACCCAACACUCUGUCGCCUUGAUGCCAGUAUCUUCGCCAACUGGUUUGCAAAUGGAGAUGGACUGAUGAUGGUUGGUGGAAGAGAGAAAGACAGCGAGGAGAAGCAUUACCGCAUCUUCCGCUUGCUCUUGACAGACUCGGGGCACUACAUCCUGCCGACCGACCACGAGCAGACAGCACGCGUGGCCAAGGAGACCAAGAAGGAAGUCAUGCUGUUCACGCAGAAGGUCGCUGAGGAGAGUGCCAAGCUAUGGAACGAUGUUCAUGACCGAGUCCGUCAUUGCUUCCUCAACUACAACAGGCCAGUCACCGUUUUGCAGCCAGGAGGUGACCGGGGUGAUCAAAACGAAGACACCAUCCAUAGCGACAGCAAGAAACUCAAUCAUCAGGAACGACAUCGACCUGACAAGCAUCACUCACAUGAACCUGAUUCAGCACAACCUCAACCUGAUUCACUUCAACCACAUGAUACAACAUCCACAACACAACAACCUGAUCUACCUCCAUCACAUGACCAACCAUCUCAACAACAUGAUGCACUUCGACCUGAACCUGAUUCAGUACCACUGCAACAAGAUCUACAACGAUCAGAAUCUGAAUCGGCUCCAACUGUCCGAACCAAGGCAGUUCAGUUCAUUUUGGACGAGCCGCAACAACCAGUUUCACAGGAGCCAGCCAUUUUGGCCAAUCAGUCUCCUUUGACUCCCAAGGAGUCUCACGUACACUACGACGACAUCAAAGCAGAGAUUACCAACUCCAAAGCUUCUGCCAUUUUGGCAUCAACAGCUGGAGACGACGAGCACUUCCCGAAGUACCAGGAGGACCAAUUGCCUGAAGGCGCUGAUGUGCCGAAGCUGACAAGACGAUACAAGGCCCUUCCUGAGGAGUACUACACAAAGACGGGCAUGGCUCCAGUCACCCCCAAGAACUUCAACAAGUGGUUCAACCGAACCAAAGGAAAAGGACUUCGAUGGCACUUUUGGGAGCUUUUCUCCGGCACUGGAAGACUCAGCUUGGUGAUGUUCAUGGCUGGACUCAUUGUUGGCUUUCCCGUGGACUUCCGCUACGGCUGGGACUUGUCAAACGAAAGCCACCAAGCUAUGCUUUGCAAAGCCCAAGCUGAAUUUCAACCAGGAGUGGUGCACAUUGCACCUGACUGUGCACCAUGGAGUGUCUCUUCGUCAUCGAAAGAUCCUGAACUUCGACUGCAAGAACGUUGGGCUGCUCGAUCAUCGCUGGAGUUCACCCAGGAGACAUGUGAGCGUCAAUGCAAACAUUCCCGUGGCUACAACAUGGAACAGCCCUUGGGUAGCGCACUUUUCCAAGAAGAUUUACCUGAGAAUCCACUACGACUUCAAGCUCUUCCAGGACAUCGCAAACGGCAACGUCUGGAUCAAUGCAUGCUUGGAGCUCAAGAUGAACAUGGAGCCCCUGUUCAGAAGGCUACUGGAUUCUCUUCAAACAUCAAAUGGAAGCGCACUGCUCUACGCUGUUCUGGACACAAAGGGAAACUACAUGCUCACCUUCGUGGAACUGACUCCAGUGGUUUGACGAUGACAUCAAAAGCCGCAGCCUAUCCUCGCAGCAUGUGCCAGAAGAUGAAGUUGGAUGUGAUUGACUUUCUCCACAACAACAACUUGCUACAGCUUGGCCGAUGGCCUGAACAUCUUCGACAUUUUGCUGUUCAACAUUUCUACGAAUGUGUUCGAUGUCAGCUUGGUCGUUUUUGUCCUUCAGACAUUCCACACACUAUGGUUCCCAAAGAAUGUCGACAUGGACGUUGGGCAGCUGGCACUGGUCCGAAAGGAAAAGGAAAGACAACAACACCUGUGGACCCACUUGCCAACUGGAAAGAACGAGCUGACAGAGAGAACUACGAAUCCAUCAAGAUCCACGACCACUCUUUUCCAGUACUUGACCAAUCCCAACAACACUAUCUCAAGAGGCUGCUGAUUGAAGCAGUUGACAUGACCUUGGAGUACGUCAGAGAAGCCAUCAAGAACAAGAUUGAGUACGACCACUGGAUUGACCUUUCAACCCAUUUGGCAAUCUUCAAGGAGAUCUUUGGUGGACAUCUGCUCGUCCGUGGAGUGCGAGUGGAACUACGCCCUUCCAAGCUUCGCGACGCACAACCUGUUCUGGCUGUGGAAUCAUCUCAUCUUCGACUGCAAAUUCGAGGACAUGUCAAGGAGUGGCACAUACAUCCAGUAGAAGAUUUACGAGAAUGCAGCCACAAUCAGAUCUAUGGAGCGAUCGAUGAGGACGACUGGAUGAUUACCAUCUUUGGAACAGAGUUGCAAGGUGUGCCAGCUCCAUCAACUCCUAUGACAAGAACCAGAUCGAUUCCAUCACAGCCUAGCUUCAAGAAGAAGGAGGACGAGCCUCUUGCACAACCUUCAGUUCGAGCUCUACCUGAUGGAAGAGAUGAUGAAGCCUUGAUGCAGCCAGCCUAUGAGCCAGCGGAACCAGAUCAACAACCAGGAGAAGAAGAAUUUGAAGUCCAACCUCAUGCAGCCUUGGCUCCGAUUCGACCAAAUUACAACUUGCGACGAGUUCUACAACGACUUCCAGCAAUGGUGGAACAAGGAGAAAAUGAAAGAGCCAAAAGACUGCUGCUGGGACUGCAUGAACGUCUUUGGCAUUCACCAGCUUCGGAUUUCACAAAUCUUCUUCGAAGAGCUGGCAUGUCUGGCGAAGUCAUCUCCCUUGCGAAGGAGGCUGUGAAGUGCUGUGCGAUUUGCAGGAAGCACAUCAGACUUCCGAAUCGUCCUCAACUACGAGCACGAGGUGCCCAUGUCUUCAACGAGACGGUCCAAAUGGAUUUGUUCUAUUGGGAGUCAACAUGGUUUAUGCUGCUGAUCGACGAAGCAACACGCUUCAAGAAGUGUGGCACCAUUGAUGGACAGGAGUCCGAACAUCUCAUGAAGGCCAUCCUGGAACUUUGGAUCUACCACUUUGGACCUCCUGAACGUUUGGUGCUGGAUCAGCAGGUGGCAUUGAUGAGUCACGACUCUGGUGCAGAAUUUGAACGCCUGGGAAUCAACCGCUGUCCUCGCGGCACUACUUCUGGUCAUGGUUCAGAGCAACAUACUGGUACAGGCAUCGUGGAAAGACACGUCCAGUUGACCAAGCUCACUAUGUUCAAACUACGAGCGGAACUUCAACGACAAGGUCUUCAACCAACUGAACCUGAGCUUGGACAAGAAGCAGCCAUGGCCCAGAACCUGACUUUGUCCUACGGCGGUGUGACUCCAUCUAUGGCCGUUUACGGCACCAUGCCUCGGGAGUUCUACAACCCUGACUCCGAGCAUGUGAUGAACACCGAGGGAGCUCUUGAGACAGAUCUGACAGUUUUCGAACGAGCUCUACGGAUCAGACAGACAUCUCUUGCACAAGCACAACAGGCUGUCAUUGAAGACAGAGUGGCACGAGCUUCAAGGACGAGACCUCACCAAUUGGAUGUUGGCGAACUUGUGGCCGGAACUUCAGAAGUUGAAUUUUACAGGGAGGUCAAGAAUGACCAAGGAUGGCGAGGACCGGCGCUUCUACUACGCCUUGAUGCUGACGAAGGAGUUGCCAUCAUACAGUAUCAAGGAAAGCCCUACCUGGUCUCUUUGCGACACAUCCGAGCUUUCCGUGGCAUCUACCACAUGGAGAUUCAAACCCCUCAGAUGGACGAUGCACUUUGGAAGCUCAUGAAGUACGUGGAGAACAUGUCCGAGUACAAGGUGUACCUCUAUGGUUGGAUCCGCAAACGGAAUGAGUCUUGGGUGCGACUGCCAAAGAACAACAACGAGGCCAUCAACAUCAUUGCCAAGGCAGAGACAGUUUCAAAAGGCCUCACAAGUCGCACUCUACAUGGUGUUCUAUUUGGACGAGCUCUUCGAUCCAUGAAACCCCCAGCUGGAACCAUUGGCACUCUGAUCACAUGGAUUCAUGGUGGAAGAAACUACUCCAUUCAGGAGCACAAGACAGACAACCAUUGGCGGAUGAAAAGGAUUUCCAAUCACAACAAGGAGGACAUCUGCACCCUCUACUUCUUCUAUUACAUCAUGGUCAGCGAAGAAGCCAUCCAUCCAAAUGUUCAUCCAAAGAAGGAGAACACUGAAGAGAAGCCUGAAGCUCCUGAACCAUCCAAUCCAACACCAAUGGAAGAAGAUCCACAGAGCAGAAAACGAGAAGGUCCAGAAUCACGCACUGUGAUUCUUUCUCCUGAGAAGAAGAAGCAGAAGAUCGCCUACAUCAAGAAUGAGAUCGAGUUCAUGCGACAUUGGUACAACGCCACAACUCCCCAACUUCGAGUACAACUUGAUUUCAGCGAAGAUUGGCGUUUGGGUCAUUCUCUUUUGACCGCAACUGCAAGGAACUUCCUCCUGCAGAAGUACGACCUUGACCGCAAGAACAACAAGACGAUGCUCUUCACCAUCGACUACAAGUGCAACAGUGAAGCCAUUGCAUGUCUCCGGACGGCCAAGAUCUACAAGGUGGAUCAAGAAACGAGUACCUUUGAAGAUCACCAAAUCUCUGCAGAGAUGUGGCCAGAGAUUGAUCUGGCAGACUCCAACGAAGUCAAGCAGUUCGUGGAGGAAAAGGCUUUCAAGCCAAUUCAUUCACUGCAGUUGACUGAUGAGAUGGUGGUGAUCGACUGCAAAUGGGUACGGAAACACAAACGAUACCCAGAUGGCUCCAUCAAGGUCAAGUCUCGACUAUGUGCCCGGGGAUGCUUCGAUGCACAGAAGCAACAGUUGACGACCCGAAGCACCACUGCGACGAGAUUGUCACAACGACUGUUGGUGUCGCAAGCAGCUCGAGACGAGGACAAAGAUGUGGAGAGCUGGGACAUUGCCGGUGCCUUCCUGAAAGGAUUUGAUUUCAAGCGAAUCCAGGAGUCCUUGAAGAAGCUUGGGUUAGAUGCACCGACAAGACAGGUGGUGGUGUUUCCCCCUCUCAACGUAUGGAGGCAUUUGCAGAAGUACUCAGAUCUUUUCAAGGUUCCUCAACAGUCUCUUCACCAAUAUGGUCUUUUGUGUUUGAAACCCAUCUACGGGCUCAACGAUGCUCCACUGGCUUGGCAGCUAUGUUUGCAUGAGUACAUCUUGGACUUAGGUGCAGCGAGAAGCAAACUGGAUGAAAACUGUUUUCUUUGGAAGCGGCCCUCAACAAACAUGAGCCUUGACAACCUGGAAGCGAUGCUAACCACUCAUGUUGAUGAUUUGGCUCUGACGGCAUCUUCCAAAUGGCUGAACACUCACUACAACAAGUUUGUCCAGAAGUUCAAGAAGGUUUCCAGACAGAGCCUGCCGUUUAGUCAUUGUGGAUGCACCUAUCGCCGAACCAAAGACGGUUAUGCCAUUGACCAAGAGGAUUUCGUGGACAAGAUGAAGCCAGCUCCGAUUCCUUCAAGACCUGAUGAUUCACGUUUGGAACAGUCCGAGGUCACAGACUUCAGAUCUGCACUGGGUGCUCUUUUGUGGGUCACCGCAACUCGUUUGGAUUUGGUGGCAGAUGUUUCUUUGCUACAAUCAAAGGUGACUACAGCGACUGUGAAGGAGCUGAAGAUGGCCAAUGAAGUGCUGGUGAAAGCAAAAGAUUGCCGAGAAGCCGCCUUGCACUACAGGCGAUUUCAAACACCUCAUCAACGUUUGGUUUGCAUACAUGAUGCCAGUUCUGCAAACAAUGGUCGUCAUUACGCACAAGAAGGCAUUUUGGUUUUGCUUGCAGAUGACCAUUGGCGAGAUCAAACGAUGGAGCAUGAGGUGAUACACGAUGAAGAAUCUGUGAGGAUGCAUGGAGGUGUCAUGCAUGUCUUGCAUGCACAUGGUGGAAAGGCAAAACGCAUUUCAUACAGCACCAGCCACGCUGAAACUUUGUCCAUGGUGAAUGGAACAGAAUCCACAACUUUGGUGAUGGUGCGACUUUCAGAGAUGAUGCACAUUUCUCUCAAGCCUACGCUGAAGGAAUUGGUGGACAUCCAAGAGAACGGAAACCCAGCUUUGCCUUCAGAUUUCUACAUGGAUUGCAGAGACCUUUUCGAGCUUUGCACUGGACAGAAGGUUUUACCUCAACACAAAACCCAGAGGUUGUAUGUGCUGGGCAUUCGUGAAGGUCGCAUCACUGGCCGUAUCCGUCAAACAACUUUGAUUCCAACUGAAUCGAUGACAGCUGAUGCAUUGACAAAACCAAUGCAAAGUCCAGAGUUGCUGCAGUUUCUCACUACGGGGAUGGUAACCAUAUAUGGGGUAGACAAUCACCCGGUGAUCAGCCGCAUUUUACCGUCCUUGCAGGACUAUGAUGAGCAGACCCUGAUGAUGGACGAUGAGAAGCUGCUGGACUAUGUGAAGGAGAAUCCGCAGGCUGUCAAAGCCUCACCCGCAACGGUGCUCUUCGGCCUGAUGGGCGUUUCGACAUCGAGCACUAUGCGGAUGGCGCUGAUGAUGGGAAUGGCAUCCAUGGCCAAUGCACAAGCCGUUCGUGAACAUGAAGUUCAACCGAGUUCCAACUACAUUGGCAUGGUGAUGUACUACUUCCUGAUCUAUGUCAUCGUGAUUGCAGCCAUCCUGACCGAGAAGUAUGUGUUCCAACUGCGCUUCGUGCGGAAGAUCGGGCUCUACAUCGCGCACUAUGUCUUCAAGCUGAUGGACAUGAAGCUGAAGGUGGAGAUGAGCGAUGCUAUGGAGGUUGACGAUGAUGGCACAGAGAAGGAGAUUGUCGAACUACAACGGAAAGUUGCAGACCUGGAAGCAGAAAAAGAACGACUCUUGGAGUACCAGUAUGUCCUGGUCAACAACAGGGACACGCACAAGGAGAACAGUGACCAAGCACAUAGCGAUCUUGCUAAGGCAGAGGAAAAGAUCGAAGACUUGGAAGAAGAGAUGGAACGAAAACGCAACAUUAUCGACAAGCUCAACAAGGAAAAGGAAGCCCGGAUUGCGGACCUGAAGGAGCAGCUCCGAAACAUGGGCAACAAGGUGGCACGACGAGAUGAAAGUUCUGGUGAUGGUGGCGCAGCACCGAGCUCAGUGCACGGAGAUGGACCACUUGGACUUCACCGGAUCGAUAUGAGAUCUAUGAAGGAAGCCUUGGAACAGGCAACCUCAGAAGUGGAAGAUUUGAAAGGAGAGAACCAGAGAUUGAAGAACACGCUGGAGGAGAAGAAGGAGUCCAUCCAGCGCAUGCAGCGGGUCUACGAGGAGCAGCAGCAGCGAAUUAGAGACGCACGUUUUCCAGAGGAAGUCCGAACCACCAGCGGCGGUGCAAAAUAUCACUUGCCAAGCUGCAAACACCUGCAGCGAGCUGGAAAGGCCUACUUCCAGACCACGGGCUAUUUGUGGUCCUCCCUGGCACUCUUUGAAGCAGCAGACCUGGGUGGCUGUCGCAGCUUCUUGAAGAGCUUCAGUGACCAGGCCCGUCCCUUGCUGGUGGCGCUACUGCUGGUGAUCUAUGCUCCAGUGCUGAUGGGAUUGGUGGAAGCCUUCAGAUGUCUUCAGCUGGGCGACGAGUCGACCGCGCGGAGUUUCUUCUCGCCCGAGCUGCCCUGUGGGGACCUGGCGGUGCCGUACACGUGGAUCAACUUGUCGUUGGCCUUGCUUUGGGCCCUGGGUGUUCCCGUCUUUCUGAGCAACAUGCUGCGAAAGGUGCGCAACAGUCUGCCAGAUGAUUUUGAGUUUCCUCCAGACUAUGCAGUGACAAGCUUCGGGUAUCGCCUGGGAUGCUGGAACUGGGAGAUGUACAUCUUCUUUUUGAAGGCUUUGAUCGUCUUCUCCGUUUUGCUGGGUCCGGCGGGGCGCAGCAGCUUCCUAUUCUUCCUGGCGAUUUUGCAUGGGGUGCUGACGCGCGCCAUGAAGCCCUUCACUGGGAGAUCACACUUUGCACUGGUGAAGUGGGACCAUCGCUUCGCGCUGUUCUUCCUGUUCAAUAGCAUCAUGGUGCAAGGCUUGCGCUUCUCAAGUAAUGUGGAGAUUGUGAACCAGAUCCUGGCCACUGGAAUGGUGCUGCUGCUUCUGCUCCUCAAUCUGCUGCUGGUUCUGUUGCUCUUGUGGGAUUCCUUCAACUGCUGGCAUGAGACUUAUGUGGAGAGCUACGAGUUCUACGAGUGGGAGCUGUGGCACAAUAGCCGCAGCAGGUUUGGCAUUGGCAGCCGGCUGGUCUUGCUGCUGCUGAAUCAAUACAAAAGGCGCGUGCGCAGCCGCGCCUAUGUGAGUUUUGAUGUUCAACUUGGCUGGCUGACCAUUUGUGGAAGUCAUGGGGACCAGGCGCGCUGCAGCUGGAACUGGCACGAGGAUGGCACGCCCUGCCUUCUGUCGGAGGCCCCGCUGCGGCUGCCCAAAGACGUGCGCAGCUCGACGCUCGCGCAGCGCAGUCAGGUCCAGAAGUAUUUGCAGAAGGCGGCAGAACGCUUGUGCUUGAUCCGAGGUUCUCCUUCCUUCAGCGUGGUGGAACUGGAGUUUCUGAUCCGCGCCAGCUUUGUCUUCGCGCGGCGCGAGGAGCUGCAGCGCAGUCGUCUCACGAAGCAGCGCACGGUGAUCUCCAGGGAGGAGUCCUUUCUGGGAUUGGAUGCUCUGCAACUGCUGUGGAACAGCCUAGAGGAUGAAGAGGGGGACAAACCUGCAGGCCGCGGCUCCACCUUCGCACGGCGCUCCUCCUGCAGCAGCCAUAGCAGCCAGCAGCCGCUGGCGGAGAGCGUGCGGAAGCGCUUCCAGGCCCCUAAGAUCUGUGAGUCCUUCUUUAGUGAUCCUGGAAAGGUCUUGUUCUUCUACAGCCGCGCGGAGUUCAUACGCCAGGUAGAGGCCAAGAAGUUGAAGGGCGCGGAUGUGAACCGAAUGUCCACCAUCCCUACUGAAAGGACGCCAGUUCUGACCGUGUGCUGCAAGCUGGUUGGGCACAUUGGCGAAGCGUAUCGUACUCUCUGCCGUCGGAGGAGAACAUCGUCAUUCGCAGCUGAACGAUCUGCUUUUUUCCGCGGAGGUCGAGGAAUGAAGACUCAUUUGGUCCGUGGGCUGGAUCAAGUCGAUCCCAUCAUCCAAGAGAUGUUCGACCCCGAAACCUUCAGCCGGGGCUUGGAGCUACAGGAAUUCCAGAUGGGUCUCAUCAUGGUGGAGCAUACCAAGGACUCCGAAUUGAAAGCGCUGCAGGACGCUUUCCACGACCGCUGGUUUCAACACAGGCUGGUGGUGGAACACCAGAUGCGAAAACAACAAGGUGCACUGAAAGAUCAAAGCGUGCAGGCAGAUGCAGAUGAAGACAUGUCGGAGCAGCUGGCGCAGGACUUUAACAUUGCGGCCAUGGCGGCUGGGAGGGCUCAAGGCAGCACCAUGACAGAAGAUGAUGCCAUGACUGGUCUGCCAAUGGACAUUCAGCAUAGGGUCCUCCUGUUGAGCGGCCGUGGUGUGGCCGUCACUGCUGCUGAGGGGGUGACGGUGGGGGACUUAAAAACCGUGGCACAAAAGCGCCUGGCGGUGGGUAUUGCCAAGCUGAUUCACCACGACCAGAUCCUAGCGGAUGCCACAACCUUGGCAGAAGCUGCCCUAAAAGAUGGUGAUGUCUUGGUAGCCAGCCUGCGUGCCCCAGCGAUCUUGGGCUGCCGCCAAUGUCCCGCCUUUUUCCUGGUGCGUGGCGAUGGGCGCGUGGCGGUCUGGGGCGAUGUGUCGUUGGGGGUUCCGCGGCAGCUGAGGAACCCGCAGCAGGUGGUGGGCGGCAGAAGGGCCCUGGCAGCCCUGGUGGAUGGUCGAGUGAUCACCUGGGGUCACGGCCAAUUUCAACCUCCUGCGGAGCUGCUGGGGCAGUUGGAGGAAGUGUGCCAACUCUGUGCCACCGAAGAUGCCUUUGCAGCUCUACGUCGGGAUGGGCAGGUCCUUUGCUGGGGCGAGGGUGCUGCUUGCGAUGGCAGCUGGGUCUAUCAGCUGCUGGGGGAGGUGUUGAUGUUAGCUGCCAGCUCCAGUUCCUUCCUCGCCAUCGCCCAAGAUGGGCUGAGUGCUGUCACCUGGGGUGGCAGGCGUGACCGGGCCCAGCUGCCACAGCUGCACUGCAGGGCACAGCAGGUGGUGGCAACUAGCCAUAGCUUUGCGGUGCUACAGGAGGAUGGUCAGGUGCUUUGCUGGGGCCGCACCUGCAGACCUAAUUUGUUUCUAGUGCUGGAGGAGGUGUCGGAGCUAUGUGCCUCGGAGGAUGCCUUUGGGGCCCUUCGCAAAGAUGGCACGGUAGUCACCUGGCGCCCUCCCAAAACCACUUUGGAGCCGGUGGAAGGCUUGUCCCAUGUCACGCAGCUGGUGGCUUCACGCCACGCCUUUGCCGCCCUAAAACGGGACGGCACCGUGGCCGCCUGGGGCCAUCCACGCUUUGGCGGGGAUGCAGCGCGGCUGCGAAAUGUCCAGCGGCUUCAUGCCUCUUCAGGGGCCUUUGCGGCGUUGCGAGCAGAUGGGUCUGUGCGGACCUGGGGGGAUGCGCGCUGCGGCGGCGAUGCCACGGCGUUGAAGGGGCAGCUGGCAGAUGUGCGGAGACUGUGCCGAUUUAAGCGGCGUUUCUUUGAAACCGAAGAAUGA